GUGCCCAGUCAUGGGGACUUUCAAUCUGUGGACAGAUUACCUGGGUCUGGCAAACCUGGUUGGGGGUCUGCAUGAGGAAGAGGUACCUGAUGUCAGGCUGGACCCCAAGCCAGAACCCAAGCCGAUUCCAGAAAGCCGGAAGGCCAGCAAGGAAUCCUCAACAGCUCCUGAACGCUUGUGCUCAUUCUGCAAACACAAUGGGGAGUCCCGGGCCAUCUAUCAAUCCCACGUCCUGAAAGAUGAGGCGGGCCGGGUGCUGUGUCCCAUCUUGAGGGAUUAUGUGUGUCCCCAAUGUGGGGCCACUCAGGAGCACGCCCACACUCGACGCUUCUGCCCACUCACCGGCCAGGGCUACACUUCUGUCUACUGCUACACUACCCGGAACUCUGCAGGCAAAAAGCUGACCCGGCCUGACAAGGCAAAGACACAGGAUGCUGGCCACCGCCCAGGAGGAGAAGCAGCAGCAGGUGUCUAUGCGGGUUCCAAAAGUGGCAGGAAGCCCUCUGGACCCUCACCUUCGGCCUGCAGUCCCUCCACUACGGCCUAGGAGCUCGGAGUGGGGAGGUCCAUGGGGUACUCUUGCCAAGGGUCUGGACACAGGCAUGCUGGAGACUGGACUUGCUUAGGACUCUGAGGCUGGCCACAGGCUUGUUGGAAAUCGCCUGCCCUUCCCCUACCCCAGUCUUGCUUGUGUUGUUGGAUCAGUACCCAAUAAAUGGAGAGGAGUGGAGCCUGGUCUUGGGACAAGGUGGUGUGGAUCUGGCUAGCAGGGAUGCUUCUACUUUACAGACCACAGCUCACUCCCUGUCACCUCCCACCUGACAGACUGCUCUUUG